AUGAAGAUCAACACAGCUCUCUUCGCCGUGAUGGCAGCCGUCGCCCACGCCUACCCCUUUGACAGGUUUCUCCCGGCCUAUGAGGUAGGCAACCUCGGCGACAAAUCUGCCUACGCUCCGCUUGAUCAUGCCUCCACGAGCGUAGACUUCCAGACCUACAACAGCUACGAGCGCCAUUGCAACUUCUCGGCCUACGGCCAACCCACCGUCUGGGUCCAGCACGCCAGCGCCGGCCUCCCCUCCACGCUCUGGAACCCCGCCCAGUGGGAGUUUGAGAUUCGCCUCGAGCCCAACGGUCAGGCCCCUGAGCACCACCACGCCAAGCAGUGGGGAUUCACAGCCGCCCGCGGCAUUCAGGACACAUGUGACGCGGCCGUCCUAGUUACGACUGGAGAGGAGAGGGUCCGCACCUACAUGGUGGAGCCUUGGCUUGAUGAGGGCGCUAAGCCGGAGGACAAGGGAUACGGGGUUCACGUACUUGCGCGUGUGAACCCGUGCAAGUCCAAAGAAUGUGCUGAGGAGUGGGGCGCGGAUGUGGGCUCCAAGUGGCUCGACUGUGUUGUUAGGGGCACGAUGCGGAGCAUGUGCUGGCCGCAGCAGGUUAAAGUCAUGGUCAAGGGUCCUUCUUCUUCUUCUUCUUCUUCAAACGUGGAGAAGCGAGGCAUCUUUUCAAGCUCAAGAAACGAUUCAGCGACGAUCCUGAGCUACGAGAUUGACCACAACGAGCACGUGGAGGAACCUGAGUCGCGUGGUCUAUCGAAGACGGCCCAGGGGUGGGCCGGCAGCGCGUAUGAUGCCCUGGAUUCACACCUUCGGGGCCCGGCCUUCGGGGUUAGCUUUUUCCGCACAGGGAAGAACAAGAACGAGACCGAGGCCGAGGGUAUGAAGAAUACCAAGACCCGAAAAAUCGGCAGGGAAGUGACCACCGAUUGCCAUGAGGAUGAUAAACUCUCCGGAAGCACCCGUCUCGGCCCUGGCCCAUUCCAAACCACCGAGGGCCUGAACCGCCGCGAUCGCUUGCCAGAGGCAGAGAAGGUGCCGUCGGGAGGUGAGCGUUUGGGCCCUGGACCUUUCCAGUUGGGUGAGACUUGGGUUCAAGAGUUGGUCCAGGAAGCCCUCGACAUGGUACUUGACGAUAGCCCAGAGGUUGAGAGUGGCGAUGGCGAUGGCGAUGGCGAUGGCGAGCAACACUCUGACGCCACAGAGGGUGACUUUGAGGGACUUUUUCGCCGCAACCUACGAGCUGAUCUCGGUCCCGGCCCCGGAGCUUCGCCGCCUGUGCCGGUGGAGGUCUUUGUGGACGAGAAACUCAUCGAGGAUGAGGUCAGUAAUGAGGACGGUCCUCCAUACGUGCGCCACGGCGGAAAAGUGGAGCAGGGACGCGAGGUCUAUGGCCAGCGAGAGGGCUUUGGCACCCGAGGAAAGCAGUCCCUCGGGAGGCAAAGGCGCUCCGACGAACAGGUAAUGAAUAGCGACUACCACGAUGGCCAAGAGCGUGACCCGGCUGACUGGAAUGGAUCUGAUGCAGACAAUGUAGAAGGAAACCAGGCUGCUAGCGGCGAGCACAGCGGGGUCACGCUCGAGUCUGGCCAAGUCGGAAAAGGCCAAAACCCAGACCCUAGAAACAACAGCACAGAGAGCAACAGCGAGAACACGAGCAACAAUCAAAAGAGGGACACGAACGGCGAACCCGAUAUCCAGAAGCAAGAACUAGGACACGGUAAGCGGGACAGUCGACGACGGCCGAGGCCGCCGCAGGAGUACAGGCCGAAGGCGGGCUCUGGUCGAAGCAUCUGGACCGCGUACGAGCGCAUAUUCUCACCAGAGGAGGUAAAGCGCGCAAAGGAUUGCCCGAGGAGGAGGAAGACCAGGGUGGUGAUGGACAGAGCGAUGGCUCGGUGCAGGGAGAUUGGCAGUCGGAGCAGGGACAGGAACAGUGGCAACCUGAGCAAGGACAAGAGCAAUGGCAACCUGAUCAAGGACAAGAGCAAGGACAGGCCGAUCAAGGGCAGGCCGACCAAGGACAACAGCAAUGGCAGCCAGACCAGAGCCAGGGCCAAGAGCAAUGGCAGGCUGAUCAAGGGCAGCAACAAUGGCAACCGGACCAAGGACAACAACAGUGGCAGCCGGACCAGAACCAGCAACAGUGGCAACCGGACCAAGUUCAGCAGCCGGACGCGGGCCAACAGCAAUGGCAACCGGAUCCCGGGCAAGGCGUCUCGCUGGGAGGCAAUGGUGAUGAUCAGAGGAUCCGAUCGGAGUCAUCUACGGGUGGUUCUCUACGUGCGACUGCACAUCACGCCGUUCGACGCGGACCUUCUCAAGACGGUGAUCCCCGCGGCUUCGAUCCUACCGCGGGCGCGCAACAUUUCGUUCCACACGGUCGAGACCUUUCCCGAGAACCGGUACGGGUUCGUAGAGCUGCCGGCGGCGGACGCGGAGAAGGUGCGGAGAAAGUUUAGCGGGUCGACGCUCCGAGGUCACAAGAUGCGCGUGGAGAAGGCGAGGGCGGAGAAGGCGAUCCAGCCGGGCGACGGUGACGAGGCUCUCGAGGCCGAGGUGAGCUCCAAGAAGCGCAAGAAGAGCCGGUCCUCGGCGGGCGAUGGCGAGGAUGGGGGCUCCAAGAAGAAGCGCAAGAGGGACCUGAACACGACGGAAGGGGUGAUGCUGCCCGAGGGUCGCAAGGCUAUGAAGAACCGGAAGAGGUCGAAGAAGGACAAGGCGGAGGCCAAGGACAAGGACAAGGACAAGGGGAAGAAGAGCAAGAGGGUGGUGAAGAGCAAGUACACGGAAAAGGAGGAGUGCUUGAUGAAGGUGGUGAUGCCGGCGAAUGCGCCGGCGCUGGCGGACGCGACGCCCGACGAGCGGAGGAAGAGGCGCAAGAAGGGCAAGGCGCACCGCGAGGUCGUGGUGCACGAGUUCAAGGACACGACCAAGUUCCCGAGCUUUCUUAAAUCGUCGUCCGUUGCGACGGAGUCGACGCAGACGGGGCCGAUACCCUUGCCGUUCGACGAUCCUGUACCCGAGCCUGAACCUCCGCGCAAGGCGAAGCCGGCGCAAAAGGAGCAGCCCAAGGAGGGGGUGAAGAAGGAGGCUGCGACGAAGACUGCGUCGAAGAAGGAGCUGCCUGCGAAGACGGAGGAGAAGGUGGGGAGUGAUGAGGGGUCGGAAAGUAGCGAGCAGGACAGCAGUGAUGACAGCAGUAGCGAUUCUUCUGAGAGCGAGUCCGAGAGCGAAUCGGAGAGCGAGCCCGUCGCUGAUGCCAAGGCCGCGACUGAAAUCGCUACUGUCGAACCCGCUGCCUCUGAAGAGUCAUCAUCCAAGUCUGAUUCUAGUCAGGAUUCUAGCUCCGACUCGGAGUCUGAUGAUUCAGACUCUGCAGAAGUCACAGACGAGAGCAAAGAAGAACAAAUACCCUCCGCCGCAAACACUACGAAUACCGAUAGCCUAAAACCCCUAGUCGACGAGUCACCCACAUCCGCCCGUCCACGAUCCUCGGGCUCGAUGAAGAACCUCUUCAUCAAGAUCCCGCCGCCGCCCAUGACUCCGGCCAAGGUCCAUCCCCUCGAGGCCCUCUACAAACGCACCAAGACAGACGGAGACGCCGCGGACGCCGCGCCCGCUGCCGAGCCUUUUAGCUUCUUCGGCGCAGGAAGCGGCGACGACGAUGACGAGGAUGACGAAGACGCGGACGAAGACGGCGGCUAUCUCCCCGCGCCCGGGGGCCAACCACCUAUGACACCCUUCACACGGCAAGACCUUGAGCUAAGACACGUUCGCAGCGCGGCGCCUACCCCGGACACGGCGCAUCCGGCCCGCAUGCGAGGCCGAGAAACGACCCAAUCGGGCUUCGGAACCGAGGCGCAGGAGGAGUCUGGGUCGGGAACGGCGCCGGCUGCGGGGACGGGUGACUUCCAGAGCUGGUUCUACGAGAACCGGCGUGAGCUCAAUAAAUCGUGGAUGAGCCGGAGGAAGACGGCGAAGAAGGAGAGGCGGCAGCGGGAGAAUAGGGCGCGUGGUGGUGGGCGGAGCUAG